GCUAAAAGACUUCUUACUAGGAAAAACACAAUGAAAAUGACUCCUGACAUAUAGUCUAUCAACAAUUAUUCAUAAGUACCAUAUCUUCACAUACUACAUGGAUUUUAAUUUGGGAGCUGAAAAAUCAUUACUUAUUUGCAUUUAAAGAUGCCUAGACGUGAUGGUGUGACCAGCUUUCUGCAGCCGUCAAUGUCACCUUUUGACCAGCGUGUGGUGUCUAAAUUCCUGAAGAUCAGGCCAAAGAUCCUGGGGGUUUUGGAAAUAUCAGUAGGUAUAACGAUGUUAAUCUUAGCAAUCUGGACAGGAUUUUUAUAUCUCCUCUGGUCAUGUUUAAUUUCUAUUUUAACCGGAUCUGUGACGGUGUCAGCUGCAUGUACACGUAACACAUGUUGGGUCAGAAUCUCACAAUUUCUAAACUGUUUCAAUGCCAUAGCAGCUGCUAUCUCCAUCCCAUUUCACUGUCUUGACAGUGAUGGUGUGACUCUAAUUCUCUUGGUUUUCUGUGAUGCUCUGGUCUUCAUCAUCUCUGUUAUAGUUGCCUCGUCCUCAUGUGACUGCUGUGGGGUGAAGUCAAGAAAUGUUGCAGUCAGUUACAUAAACCAAGAUGUGCCUUAUAUGACUGACAACAAUAUUGUGCAACCAGGCUCUUUUGCAUCUGAUCUGAGCCCUUUAGAGCCUCCACCAAAAUACCAUUCAAGUCCUCUUGCACCUCCACCAAAUUACUGUCCAUAUCCUACACAUCCAGCAAACUACAACCCAAGUUCUUCAGCACCGCCACCAAACGACCAUCCAAGUCCUUCUGCACCUCCACCAAUCUAUGAUCAAAGUCCUUCAGUACCUCCACCAAACUAUGAUGCAAGUCUUUCUUCCCCUCCACUAAGUUAUUACCCAGGUCUUUCUGAACCUCCACCAAGCUACAAUCCAUGUCCUUCUGCACCUUCAGUGAACUAUUAGGUAAUUAAGAGGCCAUUUUUUUUAGCCUGUUUUUACAACAGAGCAUUUUUCAAGCUCCUUACUUUCUGGAUAUAAUUUAUAAUUUCCAAAGACACACUCUUAAAACAAUGUGACAGUUCCAUAUUUUUGUCCCAUUGUUUUUAUAACCUGAAAUUUGAGUUUGGAAUUCUGUUAUAAUCGGCAUGUCACUGAAACUAACAUUAAAGAUUAUAUUGUAUAUAAUAUUGCAAUGUUAAACUCAUUACUAUUUACUAUAAUUAUUAGAUGUUUGUGUGUAAAUACAAUAUAACAUAUUAGUCAUCAUAAAACAUUAUCAAAAAGAGUCUCUGCAAGCUUAUUCAGGUGUUUGGUAUUUUAUGACAUGACCAGUGUUAUAAAAAGAGACAUAAUACUGCAUACUGUAGGCUAUAUUAGGCUACACAUCCCAGAUAUUUCAGAAACAUCCAUCCAUUUUCCAAACCUCUUGAUGAGUCAUGAGGAUGCUGGAAAUACUCAAAUGUUUCACAGAAAAACUGUGAGGUUCAGGUAACACCAGUCUUAAACAUUUUAAAAUAUAGCCCACAUAUUGAUCUGGAGUAUCUCCUGGAUUUAGUAUGUAAAUCAUAUUGGAUGCAGUUGUUUUUUACAGAUAGGCUAUGUUAAAUAUUGAAGUUUGGAAUGGCUGUGUUUACAAAAGUUAAUUAAACUGACACUGUAUCUUUACUUUGAGCAUUCGGAAACAAAGCCUCUUUUCAACUGUAUUGUGUGUAUAUAUGAUUAAAUUGGAAUGUUGGAAACACUUUUUUUUUUUUGCUGCGUGUCAUGUGAGAGAAACUGCGGUACCGGGUGGAGUUUAGUAAACACACAUGGAUGGAUAGAGGAGGCCUUCUUGCUGUGAGGCGACAGAGCCGCUGAUCACUGCCACCAAUUGCAGCAGAAACAUGCAUAAACAGUAAGCUACCAUGGGAGGUGGAGUCUCAUAAACAGCUUCUUUCCUAGAUUAGGCUACAACUUGAAAAGAAAUAGAAAAUGAAAAUGACAAGACCUAAGAGCAACAUAAAGGUAAAGUAAUCUCUUGAUAUAUUAAUUAUUUUCCUCAGAUUGUAAAACAAAUCUUUCAUAGUCCUACUGCUAAUCUGAAUACUCACAAAGUUGGAGGAAGAUACUAGCCUAUAAUUUAAUGUGAAUUUUGUGGAAUAAAAAUUUAAUUACUAAUACAACCUUAGUUUAGAUCUUUAGAUCGUAUGCAUUGUGACUGGCAGAUCAAACAAACAUGAUCUUUCCAAGCUUUGUAUUAGAAAAAAGUGGCGUCGCUUGUCCCCCUAUUUAUUACAAUUAUAUAGCGAUAGAGAGAGCUUUCCAUGUAGGACCUGAGCAACAUAAAUCAAGUAAAUCCAGUUUUUCAGCUCUAGUGUAAACAGUUACAGUUGGUUUCUUUUGUGUUUGAUUUCUCUGUGGCUGACAGUAAAGAGAAAAUCAUGUUAUUAACAGCUGAAAGAUUAAAAAAUAAAAAUGUAUAGGCCUGUUUGUAAAGUACUUGUUAAGUAAAUGAAAUCUAACUAAAUUCCCAUCCCAAUCCAAACUCAUAUUUCUCUCAGUGCAUCUAAAGAUGUCUAAACCUCUUCAGGUGCCAGCAUCACCUUUUGACCAGUAUGUGAUGUCCAAAUUCCUGCAGAUCAGACCACAGGUCCUCAGGGGUUUUGAGAUAGUACUAAGCAUAGUGGUGUUUGCCUUAACAAUCUGGGAAGGAUUAUUUUACAUUUUGUGGGCUUCUAUCUUUUCAUUUUUAAUCGGAUCUUUGACGGUGUUAGCUGCACACAAACGUACCAUACCAUGGAUCAGAACCUCACAAUCUCUAAACUACCUCAGUGUCAUAACAUCUAUUUUCUCUCUCCCAUUUCAUGGGUUUGCAAAUGAUGGUGUGACUCUCAUUGUAUUGAUGGUCUGUGAUGCUCUGGUCGUCGUCUUCUCCAUUACUGUUGCCUCAACUUCCUGCUGCAGGCCGAAGCGAAGACCAGUUCAAAGGCAAUACAGAGCUAGGGUUUAUCACAUGAACAGUCCUCUACCUGUUGUGACUGUCAACAAUAUUGUGUAUGUGACUCAAUCAAACUCUGCUGCAACACCAACAAUCUUCAGUUCAGUUCAGUAUGGGCAGCCAUCAGAAUAUGGACCAGCCUUUUCCAGAUGACCCUAGGACUGAAGGACAGAAGAUGAUUGGGAUCCCAGCCAAAUUAUGAACUUAAUAGUUAAUUUAUAUUAUAUUAUACUUUUUUUUUUAUAUCUGUGGUAUUAUGCUAGUACUUACAUUAAAUGUAAAUGAGAAUGAAAUGUAAAAUACUUUUUUUACUGCUCAUGCAAAAUAUUCUGGUUUAAAAUCUCACAGUUUAACAUGUUGAGAUUGGGAGGAGCAUGUUUAUAUAACUUGUCCGUAGACUUCCAUUGUAG